GGCACCCAAUCGGUGCCGGCACUUAGAUUUUGAGUGCCGCACCUGUACUAGGUGCUAAUCACAAAAAAAAAAUUCAAUAAGUUAUAAUUUCAUAUUUUUUUCAGCAAUAUAAAAUCAUAUUAUUUCUUUAAAAAACUAGCAAAUUUGAAAAUUUUCAAAAAUACUCAAGAAUUAUACUUUCAAAAAGAAUGUCGGUGCCGCACUGAUUCAAGUGUCCGCACUUUUGCAGUGCCUAUAACAGCUCUGGAUAAGACGAUUUUGAUUCAAACCGAAAAUUGUUCGAAGAUUAAUUUGUCGUCAGUCACAAAAAUGAGCUUCGAGGGGAAAGUUGUUCUUAUUACUGGUGCUGCAUCGGGCAUUGGAGCAGAGACAGCAAAACUCUUGGCCAGUUUGGGUGGUUAUUUAGCAAUGGUCGAUUGCAAUUCGGAUCGAUUAAAUCACGUUGCUGAAGAAAUUAUUGGAGCAGGUCAUCACAUUCCGUUCACGAUUGUUGCUGAUUUAACUCAAGACGCCGACCACAUAAUCUACGAAACGAUCGAGAAAUUCGGCAAAUUGAAUGUGUUGAUCAAUAAUGUUGGUGUUAUCAGUGCUACGGGUCUAGUGGAUUUAGACAUGGGAAAUUAUGAUCUCGUCAUGAAUACGAAUGUUAGAAGUGCUGUAGUUUUAACCAAGUUAGCCGCGCCAUAUUUGGAAGACUCGAAAGGCAAUAUUGUGAAUGUUUCAUCGAUUACUGGUACCCGGGCACGUCCAUCUCGACUGGCCUAUUCAAUGUCAAAAGCUGCGCUGAAUCAGUUUACAAAGUGCAUCGCAGUCGAAUUGGGUCCAAGGGGCAUUCGUGUUAAUGCUGUAAAUCCUGGCUGUGUAAAUACUUCUUUGACCGAGACGCCGAGUGAACGAUUGAACUAUCUAACAAACUCAUAUCCACUUCGUAGGGUUGGAGAAGCAACUGACGUUGCCAGAUCUAUUGCCUUUUUAGCCAGUGAUGAUGCAAAUUUUAUUACAGGAAAUCUUUUCGGUGUGGACGGAGGAGCAUUGGCCGCUAAUAUUGUGUAAAUUGGCACUCGAAUACAGAUAAAACAUUCAUGUGAUUGAUUCAUCAUGUGAAGUAAAAAUGUAGUAUCUAAAAAUAAAAUCAAAAUGUCUCUACGUUUCCCAUAUAAA